ACUGAAGAAACAACAAUGCCUCAGUCAACAUCAAUAGCGACUGAAGAAACCUCGGUGAUGGCAACUCUACAAUCAUCCACAUCUCUUACAACAGAAUACACAUCUUUGCGAACAACUGCUCCUCCAACCACACUACUUACAACGGAUGAAACAACCGCAGGUAAAACAACUGAAGAAACAACAAUGCCUCUACAAACCUCGGUGGUGUCAACUCCACGGCCACAGACAUCUACAUCUCAAACAACACAACAGACAACUGAACAAACAACUGCCCCUCCAACCACGCUACUUACAACUGAAAAACUCACGUUUACAUCCACACUUUCAACCACAGAGGAAGUGUCUGCAACAUCAACCGAAGCUUCAACAUACACAAAACACACAACACAAACAUCGAUCCCAGUAACUACAGCUAAGACAACCGAUGGAACAACGUUGCCGCCCACAACGUCUAUAUUUACAGAGGAAACAUCGGUUUUCACAAAAACACAGGCAACUACACCUCAGACAACAGAAUAUACAUCCGAGCAAACAACAGAACAUCCAACAACUGUAAUAAGUACCGAAGAAGCAACGGCUACAUCAACCGAAGAGACAACCAAACCAAUCACAACGCAACCAACAAGCUUCGUUUCAGCUACAGGUGUAACAACGCUGCCUCCAACUUCGUCUAUAUCUACUGAGGAAACAUCUGUCAUUACAAGCCAACAAACAGGUACAUCCCAGACAACAGAAUAUGCAUCUGAGCAAACAACGGCUCCGCCAACGACAGUCGUUAGUACUGUAGAGGCGACUGCUACACCAACGGAAGAGACAAGUAUGCAUCAAACAACACAACACUCUACGACUCUACCAACUUCAGAGGGCACUACUGUAACCCCAGUUACAUCUUUAACCACUGACGAAACUUCAACCUUGCCAACCCAACUACCGACUACACAUAGUACAACACCACAGACAAAUGAACAAACCACUGUGACUCCAAUAACUAUGUAUACGACACUGGUUACAACUGAAGAUGCAACACCAGAAGUAACGACUCAUCACACAACACUAGAAACAACGGUUACAUCAGCCACAGAUGAAACAACCAAGGAAACAACGUCUGUAACAACUGAUGGUUCAACUCAGCAGCCUACAACAGUUCAUACAACACCAUACACAACGAAACAAACUACUGUCCCUCCAACUACACUGAUAACAACAGAAGUGCCGACUCAAACUACACAAACAACGGUCCCAUCAACUACAGCUAAGACAACGCUAAACCCUACAACGCCAAUAUCUACUAGGGAAACUUCGGCUAUCACAAGUCGGCAACCUACUACAUUUCAGACGACAGAAACUGAACCACCAACAGCACCACCAACAACCGUAGUUAGCACUGAGGAAGCCACUGUUACAUCAACCGAAUAUGCAACUACGCAACCCACGACCCAACCAACAGGGACGCAUCUAACAACUGAGAAAAGCUCGGCUGUGUCAACCCUACAGACUACUACACUUGAUACAACACCACAAUCGCCCGAAUCUACCACUGUGCUAUCAACUUUACUCACCUCUGAAGAGCUCACUACCGCAUCAAGUACAGAGGAAACAACACAACGAAGAACAUCAUCGUCAACAACCAGAGAAACAACGCCUACAACAGCAUCUACAGCGACUGGGGAAACCUCGGUCGUGUCAACUCAACAAGGAAACAUCGAUUACUUCAACCCAGCGGACAACUACACCCCACACAACACAGACGGCAUCUGA